AUGGCCUCUUCUUCUUCCUCCACAGCCCUCUGCACAUCCUGCACCGAGCCGCUUAUCAUCUCGGUCGAAGAUGAAGACACCCCCGACCAGAGCGCCGGCAUAAUCGAUGACAUCGAGCUCCCCUGUGGCCACCACUACCACUGGUCCUGCUUCGCAGAAGAAUACACAAGCGGCGACUCCGCACGAAGCCAAUGCCCGUCUUGCAGCACCUCCACGCUCGACUCCGCAACUGGUAAACUCCUUGUGACCUACCGCAAUGAGGGCGGUAUCCAGACCGGGCUUGACCUCGAGUUCUGCGCUGAAGGUGAUGUGGAGAGCGUUCUGGAAAUGAUCGAGAUGGACGCAGAGCUGCUGGACGCACAGGACUUUGAGACGGGACAGACGGGACUGCAUGUCGCCGUGCAGAACCAGCGCGAGGAUGUGAUACAGCUGCUGCUGGAGAAGGGUGUUGACCGAGCGGUGCUAGACAACGCCGGGAGGAACUACUACCAGUUGGCAGUAGAGCUGGGUGCAGAUGAGGUCCAACUGCAGAGGUUAAAGGGUAGGUAA